UUCGGUGACUUAUCUAAUAGUUCAUUGGGUUUCUUCUUGGAAAUGGUCUUCUCAAACGAUUCAUCUUUCUCACUGACCUUUUCUUUGGUUCCGUCUGGCCUUAACAAAUUAGUGUCAUUCUCCGAUGAUUUAUGGUCAGUUGGUAUAGAGAGCCUGAUUCAAGCCAUAUUACAAAUUAUUGUUGGAUUAAUCUGGUUUCAUCAAUUUCAAAAUGGAAUCUCAAUUUUAGCUUUAAACCUCGCUUAAUUUACAUUGAAUUUUUGUUUGGAAACCAACUUUAACCAUCAUGCCUGUAAUUACACCUGGAAUGACUAAAUUUCGUAAAAAAGUCCAACUGUCUCAAGAUGCUGAACGGUUGAAGGAAAUCCUUGAGCUCAAAGAUAGGCUCCAACAUGAUUUGGAAUACUUGAUUGCGCACAACAAAAUUAAAGACUAUCCCGAUUAUAUGUCUUUAUUUGGUGACUUUGGUACAAUUGAUUAUUCGAAAGAAAAUUUGAUUGGAAAAGGAUCAUUUACUAAAAGCUAUGUUACAAAUAAUCCUGCGACAGGAGAGAAGCGAGCAAUCAAAGUUAUCAAUAUGGAGAAAAGUCGUAAAGAAUAUGCUGAAAAAUUCUUACCUAGACAGUUGAAUAUCUUGAUAUUUCUAUCUGAACAUCCUCAUCCAAACAUAAUUAAGGUUAAUGCCAUUGGUAAGGUUGUUCAACACGUUUUCAUUGACACGGAAUAUUGUUCAAUGGGAACUUUGAGAAAUUAUCGUUCAAAAAUCAAGACAAACAAAGAGUUUAAUGAAGAUCAAACACGAAACUGGCUUCGCCAAUUGAUUUCUGCCAUAGAGUUUCUUCACUAUUAUUGUAUCGCUCAUCGCAACAUAACUCCAGAAAAUGUGUUUAUCAUGACAAAUGAAAGUAUUCGUCUUUCUGGCUUUGGAUUUUCACGAUUCUGUUAUGAUAUUGAGACUGGAACUUUUCGAAAUUCAUCUUCUAAUCGCGAUCCUGACCCUUUUUUGGCUCCAGAAAUUAUUGAAGGUGAAACUACUGAUCCAAAGAUGGGUGAUAUCUGGUCUUGGGGAGCUAUUUUUUAUUAUCUGGUUACCGGAGAUCCACCAUUUAACCCAACUCAAUACAUUUCUAAGGGAAUCAAAUUGUCUUCAUUCACCUUCGGUCCUUAUCAUUCUCAAAGAGUCUCUACCAAUUUAUCAGAACGUGUCAGUCGUUUACUGGCUGAUUGUUUAACCUCAGAUCCUACGAAAAGAGCUACUCUUCACCAUGUUAAAGCUCAUCCGUGGCUUAAAGAAGGAGAACCUUUACCUGUAGCUACUUAAUUUUUUCUCAAAGGACCAUCAAAUGUUUUUUUAAAGAUUUUCUUGGUUAACUUAGGUUCAUGAUAAAAUUAAUAAAUGGCAGAAAUUUAAUAUUAAAUAUUUAGUAUCCAUUGUUCUUGCUGGUUGAAAUAUAGACUGAAAUAAAAUGCUCUAAUUUCCAUCUUGUAUUA